UGUGUGUUUGCAGCAGAGAGUGUGUGUGGUGCAGUGACACGUAAACUGUGUCCGUCUCUUUCGCCCACUCAGGACACCUCCACCUGGGACGGGGAGAGCAGAGAAAAGACUCCCCCUGGUCUAGAAAGUCUUGUCUUUUCUGUAUAAUGGAGUCGAGAGACGCAUUAGCAGGUGCUCUUGUUGGCAGUGAUGGAGAAGAACAAACUGCAAAGAAAGAUGCAGCAGCUCCUAAAACAGAAGAAACACAGACCCAAAGCAGGAUGGAGAGGAUCUUUGGGUUCAGGAAGGAGGACCUGAGCUCCUGGCAGAACCUGGUGACCCUCCUGAACCGCCCCACUGACCCUGCAUCUCUGGGCAUCUUUCGCUGCUUGUUUGGUCUGCUCAUGGCCAUUGAUGUCACACAGGAACGUGGUCUCAGUCACCUGGACUACAAGUAUCUAGAUGGGGCCCCGGUGUGCCGUUUUCCUCUCUUCAACUUCUUACAGCCACUGCCGCUGGACUGGAUGUACCUGGUGUACGUGGUAAUGUUCCUCGGUUCCCUGGGCAUCAUGCUUGGUUGCUUCUACCGCCUUUCUUGCCUUAUGUUCAUCUCGACAUACUGGUACAUUUUCUUUCUGGAUAAAACAGCCUGGAACAAUCACUCGUACCUCUACGGUCUCAUUGGAUUUCAGCUCACGCUCAUGGAAGGCAACAGAUACUGGUCAGUGGAUGGACUACGAAGACCGUCUAUAAGAAAUGCUCACGUCCCUCUUUGGAAUUACACCUUACUGAGGACGCAGAUAUUUAUAGUCUACUUCAUUGCUGGAAUCAAAAAGCUGGAUGCUGAUUGGGUGGAGGGAUACUCAAUGUCGUACCUGGCACAUCACUGGCUUUUUGAUCCUUUCAGAGUGAUUCUCCCUGUGGAGUUAGUGAAUCUGCUUGUAGUGCAUGGAGGUGGACUUAUUCUGGAUCUGACAGCUGGGUAUCUGCUGUUUUUUGACACCACACGACCUUACGGGAUUUUCUUUGUCUCAUACUUCCACUGCAUGAACUCUCAGCUCUUCAGCAUCGGGAUGUUUUCCUACACGAUGCUAGCCACCAGUCCUAUCUUCUGCUAUCCUGAUUGGCCAAGGAGAUUCUUUGCCCGUUUCCCAUCAUUCCUCAGCAGAAUCCUGCCACUGACUGCAGCGGGGCCACAGCAAAGCACUUCCUGCGUUUACCGCACUGAACGGCAGGAGAGCCCGGCCGCUGCUUCCAAACUGAGAUUCAAACACAAGCUGGGAGCCAUUUUUACAAUUCUCUACAUAAUUGAACAGUUUUUCAUGCCAUACUCCCACUUCAUCACGCAGGGCUACAAUAACUGGACCAAUGGCCUGUAUGGCUACUCGUGGGACAUGAUGGUUCACUCCCGCAGCCAUCAGCACGUUAAGAUCACCUACAAAGAUGGAAAAACUGGUGAAAUUGGAUAUCUGAACCCUGGGGUGUUCACGCAGAGCCGUCGCUGGAAAGAUCAUGGGGACAUGCUGAAGCAGUAUUCUACAUGCCUCAACAGCUUGCUGCCACGCUACAACAUCUCUGAUCCUGAAAUCUACUUUGAUAUCUGGGUGUCCAUCAAUGAGCGCUUCCAGCAAAGGAUAUUCGAUCCUCGUGUGGACAUCGUGAAGGCUGAGUGGUCGCCUUUCAAACCAAAUCCGUGGCUGAUGCCGCUGUUGGUGGACCUCUCACCCUGGAGGACCAAGUUCCAGGAGAUUGAGAGCAGUUUAGACAAUCAAACGGAGAUCGUUUUCAUUGCUGAUUUCCCAGGUCUCCACUUGGAAAACUUUGUGAGUGAAGAUCUAGGCAACACCAGUAUCCACGUGUUACAGGGCCACGUGAAUGUUGAGGUAGUGGAAGAGAAAAGUAACUACACGCUGAAGCCUGGCGAGCAGAUAAAGGUGCCGGCUGGGGCUUACCAUAAGGUCUACACUGUGUCCGAGGUCCCGUCUUGCUACAUGUAUGUCUACGUCAACACCACAGAAGCAGCGCUACAGGAAAACUUCACCAAGCUGUUGGAGCUGCAGGAGCGCGUUCGCAAUGGGACAGAGACUGAGCCCCUUCCUCCAGAGCUGCAGCCUCUUAUUGCUGCAGAUGACGACGAAGGAGCCGAGGUCAGCGCCACCGACCCCAUUGUGCGCUUGUUCCUGAAGAGGCAGCGCCGGAUUAAGGAGGUGAAGAAACGCAGGGAGGCUGGGGUGCUGGAGCGACUGGAACGUUUCGCUGUGAAAAAGUACUAUACAAUACGGAGAGGAUUUUUGAUGACCGCCAUCGCGUUGCGAAACCUGGCCGUAGGCCUCCCUCCUCUUGAGCAACUGACAAGAGAAGUCACCUUUGCCAACAUGAAAGAACCUCAAGCGGAAGCCAACCAGGAUGAGAGGCUCAAAGAUGAAGUCGGUCACGGAGAGCUUUAAAGUAAUCGUGACAGAAGCAUCUUAAAUGCUGGUGAUUACGUAACUACAGGUGCUGAAUCACACGCUUCAGUCAGUGUGUGCUACUACUGGACUGUUACAGCUCUGGGGUUUUACUGCCCAGGAAUGAGAGAGAGAAUUUGAGAAUCCAUGUUUUUACAUUUUUUUAGAUCCUCCAAAUGUAGUCAUUUUCUUAUUGGUAAUGACUAAGAAGACAUUGGAGAGCUGCAGUAAAACCAGAAUUCUGUAAGUGAACUUGAUAGCUGAUCUGCCCCAUUUCUUUUUUUUUCUUUUUAAAGGAUGAUGUGAAACAGAUUAAAAGAUGUGACUGAGUUUUAUAUUCCAGUGGGACAUUUUACAGUUAAUUAAUCCUUUUUUUAAAUAAUUAACUGUUGUGAUUUUAUUGUUUUUGUGAGAAACACAGCAAGCUAUUGGUAAACAGCUGUUAGCUAAUCUGCCAACCUUUUCUAUUUACUUUCUAAUAGUUGUAAUAAAUUUGAAUUUUUAUUUAAUCAAAAUCAACUCGUCUCAACAAAUCUCAAAUUUUAUUGUGUCAGUAUUUUUCACAUCAUUCAUGUUAAAGUGCUACAGUAGCUCAGUGUUCACUGUAGUUUGACAUUUUGGCACAGAAACAACACUUCAUACAAUCGGAGCAAAAUGUUUGAUAUAAAUGCAUGCAAGUUGUUACAAUGAACCUUUAGGAAAUGAUUAACAUUUUGAAUACAUAAAGCCAUGAUUUGUUUAGUUGAGGUUCACCAUUCGACUUCAUGUUAUGAACAGUGACAUGUAGUCAAGGUCCUGUCAUAUAAAAGCCUCUAAAAAGUCAUUUCAGAGAAAUGACUGUUUAAAAACAAAUCACAUGAAACAACAUUUCACAAAGUAAAUUAAAUUGUUGACAGUUUGAGAUUCUUUGUAAUUUCACAGAUUUAGUUGAUUCACAAGGAAAAACAAAGACUAGUUGGGUCAUAAUCCAUAUUGCACCAUAUUUUACUGGCUGAGUGUCUUUUCAGUCACAUAAAGCUCCCUUUACAUACUUCAGAUAUUAUACACCUAGUGUUAGUAUUAGAUGCUGGUCUACAAAAACAGAAAUGAGCACGAUCUUUAGUUCCAUGUAAAAAGUAAAACUUGAGUGAUAAUCUACUUGUGCCUACAUUUAUAUAAACCUUUUGUGUGCAUUUCCCUUUUUGAUUACAUUAAAAUUCAGAUAUUUUACUUGAUUUCUCUAUUUCCUCUAUGCAAAUAAGUUUGCAUAUGCAUACAAUAACAAUGAAAACUACUGAUGAACUAUGUCUGUCAGCUCAGAUUUCAGAAACGCCUCUUUCCACCAACAUGGUGCAGAACCCGAAGAGUUGGUUUUUUUGCAUCCGUCCUCAAGUGCAAACUAGGACAACAUCAGUGUUAUAUAGUUGGAAAGACAGGAGGGACAAUUAUGUUCAAAACUUAUGGAAAUGCAGCAAGUUUAUUAUGUGACAUUGGGGUUCCAUAAAUCCUCAAUGGUCUCAGGGAAUCAGGGAUAAGAUUUUGGCAAUAGCGACAGGAUCUGUAGUGAGAGUGUUUGCUUAUACUUUAGCAGCUGGAAUCAUGCCCAAUUUUAGUUAAAUGUGUCAUCAACUUCAGGUUAAGCCACAUUUUUAAAUGUGUUGCAGUUUUGUUUUAAACUGGCUAUUUGCCUGAAACCUCAAUCCCAGCACCUGAGAGAUCCAAGUGGGGCUCACGAGUACCAAUGUCACAGUCACUACAGCACUUUUUUUUCCCCCACAGGCACCUUAUGCUUUGUCACAGAAAGGUCCACUUCACAAACUAUUUUUCCACAUGUGGCAUGUUAUUGUCAACUCCCCCAGCAUUCAAUAAAAUAUCCACCCACAUUAUCCUGCUGCUCUCCCUCUGCUGACUCAAUUUUGCAGGCCAAAACAAAUUAAAAACCCACAUCAAAAGUGCAACGAGGCGAGUGGCACCUCCCAGUCUGCAGGCCAUGAUCCGUGCAGCUCGACACCACAGUCCAUCACUUCGUCACUCACAAGCAAGAAAAGUCCCUUUUUCCUCAGCAUCUGGAGAACUACAUUUCAGCUCUUUUCUGGCUUUGAGAAUCAUUCACAACCUACAACUACGCACUGAAAUCUCAAAAACCCCUUUUCUUUUUAUUCCCACAUAGAAGGGCCUCUUAUCUAUGUUUCAAAUUCUUUUUGUUUAUUUUUCUGACUUUUACCUUAUUUUUCACUCGUCAAAACAUCUUAGCUGACCUUUUUUUUUUUUUUUCCACAUAUAGUUUAAUUUUAUAGCUGAGUUAAUGUUAGUGAACAUGCGAGUUAGUGUUCAUGAUUUAAAAUGUGCUGGUUUAUGUAGAUUAAAUAUCCUUUUUUUGUUUAAAAAAAAAAAAAGA